CGCAUGACACGGGUGAAAGUGGUGUGUGUGAGUUUGCGCCGCGCGGAGCUCCACCACGAUUUUCCUCGAUCCCCGCAGUCAACCUUUGUAUCUCGGGGCCCGCGGGCGAGUAGGUGGCUCCGCCGUCCACGGUGGCAAUUGGCUGCGCUCCUCGCUUGUGUCUACCGCUGCCUCCCAUUGCGCCUCACCCACCCGGCAGACGAGCGCGCGCGCACGCACACACAUCGACGCGUUUCACGUGUGGACGCGCACAUCAUGUGGCGCGGGGGUGCGCGAUGCUACCGCAGCUCAAAGUCCUCCGGUCCGCGGUGCAGUCGACUCGUGAAGAUUAACGAGGAGGUCGCCCGGCCGCUGUAGACCGCCAGCCGCUGCCCGCUGCGCGCCCUGCCGGGCCACGAGGAAGUCCCCGCUUGCCUGCUGCGUCGGACGACGGCGGAGGGAACGGCACCAUGGCCGAGAGGCGGAUGUCGCGGUGGUACUUCGGGGGGCUGGCGUCCUGCGGAGCCGCCUGCUGCACGCAUCCCCUGGACCUCAUCAAGGUACACCUGCAGACACAGCAGGAGGUGAAGAUGAGGAUGGUGGGAAUGGCCGUCCAUGUGGUGAAGAAUGACGGGGUGCUGGCUCUUUACAGUGGCCUCUCUGCUUCCCUUUGUCGACAGAUGUCCUAUUCCCUCACCAGAUUUGCUAUCUAUGAAACAGUGAGGGACAUGAUGGGCAGCACAAGCCAGGGCCCUAUGCCCUUCUACCAGAAGGUCUUGCUGGGAGCCUUUGGAGGUUUCACUGGUGGAUUUGUUGGUACGCCGGCAGACAUGGUUAAUGUCAGGAUGCAGAAUGACAUGAAGCUACCACCAGAACUGAGGAGGAACUACAAACAUGCCAUUGAUGGGGUCUUCAGAGUCUUCAGAGAAGAGGGUGUCAGGAGACUCUUCUCAGGAGCCACCAUGGCCUCCAGCAGAGGAGCGAUGGUCACUGUUGGACAGUUGGCAUGUUAUGACCAGGUCAAGCAGCUCGUGUUGGGAACAGGGAUGAUGGGCGAUGGCAUGCCCACACACUUUCUAUCCAGCUUCAUUGCUGGAGGCUGUGCUACGUUCUUGUGUCAACCUCUGGAUGUGCUAAAGACGAGACUGAUGAACUCAAAGGGAGAGUACACGGGUGUGACACAUUGCUUACGAGUGACUGCCAAGCUGGGUCCACUAGCAUUUUACAAGGGUCUCGUCCCAGCUGGGAUCCGCUUGAUUCCCCACACAGUGCUCACGUUCGUCUUCCUCGAGCAGCUGAAGAAACACUUUGGCAUUCGUAUCAUCUCCUAAGCAAACUGCGUGUGCUUUGGCUCCUCCAUCUGCUCUACCUCCGUCUCACGGCAAGAAGCGAAAUGAUGUUGAUAAGUGAGAGGGCCAGCUGCUGGAAGGGAUGAAUACAGAGACAACAAAUGAUUGCCCCUGCUGGCGUGAUACUUUUAUACUGACCUUCCACAUUUAGAGAAAAUGAGCUCCAUCAGAUGUUAAUGUAGUUGACAGGUACAGUUGGUAUGGCUGAGACGUAGUGUGAGAAGAUGAGGACACUGGAAGUGUGAAAGUAGGGGAACCCCCCCCCGGCGAUGGGCUCUAACUACUACUCAUUUUCUAGAGUAAUAUUUUGAGAGUAGAAUAGUAGACCUAACAUUCUCUUUUAUUCAAAUUUUUCUUAUAUUUGAUUUGAUUGUAGAACAAUAAUUGUAUUUCCUGUGACGUAGAUAAUGGCAAAAACUUACAGGAUCGCACGUUUUAGUACAUAUAAUCAUGGGCGAGAUAUGUACUUUAAUUGACCUUAAGUCAAGUGCAAGUAGUGUAAAAUGUUCUAAAUCUGGUAUAUGAAAUGCUGUUGGCCAUUCAGAUUAAUAUAAAAAUAGUGAAUGUUGCUGCGUUUUAAUAUGACUCAGUACUCAGUAUUCUGAUGGACUUCCAGUGUCCCUGCAGGGGAGACCACAGCUAUUCAUCUGUCGUGAUGAUGAGACUGAUUGCUGAUCAGAUUUUGUGAUUUUUUAAUCUCUGCACUUUGUUCUUUAAGUCCAGUCCACCAGUGGUGUACGGAGCCGUCAGAGCUCACACCAGGGUUAUAACAAUCUUUGACUGUGGUUUAAAUAGUUAGUGCCAGGAAUGUGAAUCUUAUAGUCCUCUACAAUACUUGAUUGUUUUCAUAUGAGCGCAAGACAUUGUGUGUGAUUUACUUGUAAAGUUGUAAACACAGUGUAGCCUUGUCAUCAGUGCCGUUCUUACCAAAUCUAUAAUAUUUCCCCAAUAAGCCAUUACUGCAUGACGGAUCAAGCUGAUAUGUAAGUUAUCAUUCCCAACAGUGGUGACCAAAUGUGAUACACCUGGAAUUUUGCAGUUUAACACCAGAUUUCUUUUUUUUUUUUGCCACUUGCGAGUUAAAAUUUCAGUAACUUUUUACCUGAUUAUCCUUUAAUUCAUUCCACCGCUACUUUCACUCUUAAAUCUCCCGGGGGGAGAGGACCAAGCUUGUCCGUCUUGUGCUUUUAAGUGGAGGAGGGAGUUAGUGGGGGAAACUGUGAAGCAAGCGUGAGCAGUGUGUGGGAGCUCCAUCUGUCAGUGGCACCGAUCCCAGUGAAAUUGUGAAUGACCACUUGAUAUCUUAGUUCUUACUGUUUGAAUGGAGAAGCCUGUAAAGAAAUGUUGUACACUACAAGUGUCCAUGUAGUAUACUCACCUCUAUUGUUACUGUUUCAUCUAGUCGAAUGGAUGUCAGACUUUAUGACUCAGGAUGCUACUCUGUUUUAUGAGCCACUUUACAGAAAAUACCCGGACUCCUACUGACUAACCUUCUGCCUAGAGACACCCGCUUUAAACUAGAAAAUAUUGUAUGAAUAAAAAUAGAAAUCUAUUUUAAUUUGUUUUAAAAUGUAGUUAGUGGUCCCAGAUGUUUUGUGCCUCUAGGCGUUAUUUUCCAUGAUGACUUUGACUUUGGUUCAGUGAAAUUAGGCAUUCUCUGUGCUGUGCCUGCUCUGUUUACAGAGACCAUGUCAAGUAAUGUUGCCUUACAGUAUCUGUCCUGCAGGGGGUAGUAUAGUAAUGUGUGAAAUAUCUUCUCUUAUGCGUCCUAGCGAGUCCUGUUCCUCCAUCCUAGGAUACAUUCAAAAAGAGAGUCACAAUGCCUCUAGAUGACUCUAUUUCCCUGCAUGUUCAAUUAUGAGUUCCUUGAUAGUGUGAGGUACCAAUACUGUAGAUCAGCCAUAAUACUGCUAAUGUUAACCCCGACUUUAUUCAUAUACAUGGAAAUUCACCUGGAGGGACCCACAAUUCUGGGUGUUGCGAAUAUGCAUUUUAUCAGAUCGGUAACAAAGGAUGUUGGAAUUAAAAUACUAAUGGGAAA